AUGCAAGACGGACAAUCUUGUCAGCUAAUAGUUUGCAGAAGGAUCCUGUCUAAUUUAGUUAAACAGUCGGCUCUUACAGCUGCUGAAUUUAGUGCCUUUCACGACGAACCCCAAAUUUACAACUUUCAGUUCGAUUUCAAUAGACGAGUACUCAAUGAAGGUAAACUCAAAGAAUUGAAACAGAUUCUGAAGAGUAAUCCGGACAUCAUUGAAUCCAUAUUUGCCGACUUUUUGAAGUAUUUUCGGCAGAAUAAUAGUGAAUAUCGUUUGGCUGUUUUACAGUUAUGCGCCGAACUUUUCCAACGUUCUCAUGUUUUCCGUGUUCAAUUAAUCAGUCAUAUGCAGGAAGUUUUAUUGCAUACAGUAGAAACAGAUCCUCUUCAUUAUCCUCUUCCACCUUCCAAGGAAGCGGCCAAAAUUCUUAAAUUAGAAACAUUAAAACUUGUUAAACUUUGGCAUGAAAAAUAUAGGGAAGCCUAUCCAAAAUUGGAUUUUGCUGUCAAUUUCCUACGCUCUUCAAAAUCUUUGGAUUUUGAACACGCCAGUGCUGUGCUUCAGGUUGAAAGGCGACGUGUUGAAGAAGAAAAUCGAAAAAAAGAUGAGAAGACUAAACAAGUGAUCGAGAAAGUUGAAAAAGAAUUUAAAGAACAACGAAAGGAAAUUUUCCGUUGUGUCAAUGAGACACGACAUGCACUCGAGCUCUUGGUGCCACGAUUUGAUAUUGAUGAGGGUACAGAUGGUGAGAGCCAUUUAGGAUGUAAAGAGAUGACUCAUGGAUACAGUGUGCACGAAUCAGUGGUUGUAACUGUUCCAGUGGAUACACCAGCUGUGAUUGUUAACGCCGAAAAUCAAAUAAUUAUAAACGCCUUGGUAGACUGUAUGAGAAUGUUGCAGUUUUAUAAAAAAAUCAUUUGCGGUUGGCUUUUCAAGCUUAGCAAAUAUGGUGAAAACAGUGGACAGAAACUGUGCAAGGAAAUCGUUGAUUUAAAAGAGAGGAUUAUGGUUGAGUUAGAGAAAUGUGAAGAAUUGCAUUUGCAAAACUUGCAAAAGUCAGAAGAAGAUUCAGAGACCGAUGAUCUUGAAGAUGUGCCAGAAAAGGAUGGUUUGGAAUUGGAUUACAAACCACCAGAAGAGUUGCCAGAAUACAUUUUGAGAAAAACAAUGGAAAAUGUGGAAAACGACUUAGUUGGUCCCAGCAAAAUUAAUGGAGCGCAGAAACUACUAAAUUUAUCUCCAGAUCACAAAAAGAAUACAAUUCAUGAAAAUAAGGUACCAGUCUUGUCAUAUGGACUUGAUCUCAAAUACUGGGGUGAAAAUGACAUUAAACCUGCUGAAGUACCACGAAAUAAUGCUGAUUGUCAUCGAUUCUGGCGUCCUUCGGAUGAAGGCUGUUCAACAAAUUUGGAUAUCGCAGAAGCAUAUCACGCCCGAGUUAUGACAUUUGUUGGUCAGCAAUUAAAGGGUAGUCGACAGUGCCGUGUUCCGUUUAGUGAUGGAACAUUAUGUCCUCGCAUGGAUCUAAAACGUUGUCCACUGCAUGGGAAAAUCAUUGAUCGCGAUGAAAUGGGAUAUCCAGUGGAAGAAAUUAUUCAGAAAUCUCAUAAUCCAAAAUGUAAUACAGAAGAGGAAGAAGAAUAUAUCAGAGAUGUCGAAGCUGCGACUGGGGCUAAUUUGAGGGGAAAAAUAAAACGAGGGAAAAGAAAACGACAAGAAAAUACAGAUGGAAACACACCUGCUGCCGUAAGAAACAGGCUUAGUGCUAAAUUGUUUAACCGAAAUACAAUUAAACGUGUUUAUGAUACAUUAGAAUCUAUUCGAAAGGCAAGAGCAGCAAAGAAUUUCCAGCAUCAGUUCAAUUAUGCGUUAGCGAAAAGAUGA